GAUUUGGGUACUGCGAUAUUAGAUGGUAAAUAUUUGCAUGUUACAUGUGUUGCUCAUAUUGUUAACCUUGUUGUGAAAGAUGGACUGAAAGAAUUGAAUGAAUCGAUCGAGAGAGUGCGUACUAUUGUGAGAUAUGUCCGACAGUCACCUUGCAAGCAAAAGAAGUUUGAUGACUUUGCUGUCCAGGAGAAAAUUCAAAGCAAAAAGUCAUUGUGCCUAGACGUCCCAACUAGGUGGAACUCUGUUUACUCCAUGCUUGAAACUGCCACGAUUUUCAAAGGUGUAUUUGACAGGUAUAAGAUAUGUGAUGCCGGUUUGCGUGCAGAUUUUUUGCCAGGUGGUGCUCAUGGACUUAUUAGUUUUCCAACAUCUCAUGAUUGGGUUGUUGUUGAAAGAUUUGUAAAAGUUUUGCGUAACUUUUUUGACCUCACCAAACGAAACUAUGGUUCUUCAUAUGUGACAUCCAACACAUUUUUAGAUGAACUGAGCGAUAUGGAUGAGCUUUUAAAAGAGUGGUUUAGUAGGGGAGAUGAAGCUUUAGCCGAUAUGUCUAAGAACAUGAAAUUGAAGUUUGACAAAUAUUGGGGAAAUAAGGAAAAAAUGAAUAUGUUGUUGUACAUUACUGAUGUUCUUGAUCCCCGUCACAAAAUGAGUCACUUGCAAUAUGUUUUAAAAAACAUGCAUGGGGAAAAAGAAGGAUUGAAAAUGACCGCUUUGGUGAAGGAAUCCAUGUCUGACAUUUUCAGUGCAUAUAAGACUUUGUAUUCUUCUUGUACAUUGACUACUUCUUCAAUAGGAUCAGGAGUUCAACCACAGAUUCUGGAAAUGAUGAUGAUGAUGCUAGAAGGAAUAUUAGGCAUAACAAGAAGAGGUAUAUGCAAAUGUUGUCUGAAAUUGGAGCGAGCGACCAAUCUGAGCUUGACUUGUAUGUGCAGGAGCCUAUUACCAAAGAUCAUCCACACUUUAACAUUCUUGAUUGGUGGAAAUUGAAUAGUCCCAGGUUUCCUACUUUGUCUAUGUUGGCUCGAGAUGUGUUGGGGAUGCCGAUAACCACUGUCGCUUCAGAAUCUGUAUUCAGCACCGGAGGCCAUAUAAUUGACGAUUUUAGAGCUUCAUUGACUCCCAAGAUGGCACAAGCUUUGAUUUGCGGCCAAGAUUGGCUUCGCCACACUCCAGACACAUCAAUGGAAGAGGCAGAUGAAUUUUGUCAGAAACUUGACAAAGGUAUUUUUUAUCAUUUUGUUCAAAUUUCAUGUAGUAUUACACUAUGACAUGACUUUAUUUUAAUUUUUUUACAAUUACAUAUCAAUUGUUUGUUGUAGAGUUGGUAAUAAUAAACUCCGGGUCUGAUGUUGAUGUUCUUGGCAUGUCAUGAACGACACAACACUCUUCAUGAUAAGAGUAUUUAUAUCAAUUUUAUUUCUUCAAAUAAAAUAAAUAUGAAUACAACAUAAUUGAUUUAUGUUUAUUGUUUUGGCAGGUUUCCUUCUACUUUGCAGAUGGUUCAAUAAUAAUAAAUGGAGAUUGAAGUUGUUGACUUGUUUUUAUAAUAAUUGACAGACUUUGUAUUGUGUAUUUUCUAAAUGUGGUUGAGUUUGUAAUUUCUAUAUUCUGACUAUCUAAGAAGUAUUAUGACUUAUGAAA